GGCGGCUGCGCGGGGGGAAGGGAGGGCCAGGGAGGGGCGGGCGGCGGGCGUUAUAGACGGGAGCCGCCCGCAGGGCGGUGCUGGGCUUCGAGGGAGCUGCGGCCAUGGCUUACGCCAAUCCUGUGCCCAAGCUCUACAGAUCUGUCAUUGAAGAUGUGAUUGAAGGGGUUCGUGAGCUAUUUACAGAAGAAGGGAUAGAGGAACAAGUCCUAAAAGACUUAAAACAGCUGUGGGAGACGAAGGUGAUGCAGUCUAAGGCAACAGAAGGCUUCUUCAGAAAUAGCCACCCGGGCCCCCUCUUCACUCUUCAGUUGCCACAUAAUUUGCAUCAGACAAUACAGACAUCAACAGCAUCAUUAGUUAUCCCUGCUGGGAGAACUAUUCCAAAUUUCACUACUACAGAACUGGGCACUUCAAAUUCCAGUGCAAAUUAUAGCCUUCCUUCUGGUAUUGGUUAUCCCAUUCAUGUGCCAGCAGGAGUGACUCUGCAAACAGCAUCUGGACAUCUUUAUAAAGUGAAUGUGCCUGUUAUGGUAACACAGACCUCCGGAGGAGCAAGUAUCCUUCAACAUCCAAUUCAGCAGAUAUUUCAGCAGCUUGGGCAACCUUCCAUAAUACAGACCAGUGUUACACAGCUGAACCCAUCCUCUGUUCAAGCAGCUACUGAAAAAUCACAGAGACUGGAAACCGUGCUCCCUCAGCCCACAGUCCUCCAUUCUACAGCAAUGGAAAGGAAGCAUUUAGAAAACUUGGUCACCAAUGAGACCCUUGCACAGCCACCUGUGGGAAAUGAACACAAAACCACACCUGAGCUUCUGUUAAGUCAGCAGCCUAAUUCCUUGGAAAGCCCCCAGUAUAUGAAUCUCCCUGGUGUUGUAUUUACUCCUCAGGUGGCCUCUCAAACAGAUUCUAAUGGGGAGCCAGUGGUCAGUGUUUUAGGUAGUGUAACUCAAACUCUGGAUGGUGAACAGCUUUCCUCAGGCCCUCAGGACUCUCUUCACCAGCAGUCUGAUGCAGAGGUACUUGUUCUCAAGAACAGGAUGGGUGAAAAUGGUUUCCUAAAACAGCCUCACACCUUAGAAGAACCUUGUAGUCUCCCUGGCUCAGAAGAGGAAUCCAGUGCACAAAUGGAUUUGAGUAUACAAACAAUUGAUGACAUUAAAGAAAUUAUCCAAAUAGAUGGAACUGGAGAUACAUCUUCAAAUGAAGAAAUAGGGAGUACAAGAGAUGUGGAUGAGAAUGAAUUUCUUGGUAUUAUUGAUGCAGAAGAUCUGAAAGUUCUUGAAGAAGAAGGUGAUAGUAUCUCAAAUGAAGAUUCAACCACCAAUAGCAGUGAUAAUGAAGAGCCCCAAAUAGACAUUGUAGAAGAGGACCCUUUAAAUUCUGGGGAUGAUGUUAGUGAACAGGAUGUGCCAGACCUGUUUGACACGGAUAAUGUAAUAGUUUGUCAAUACGACAAGAAAGCUACCUCUUCACAAUCACUCACAUGCUGUAACCUUCUGACACAAACUUCCACAGUUAAACUUCCUGCCUUUUUAAAGAUUCAUCGAAGCAAGAACAAAUGGAAAUUUUACUUAAAAGACGGUGUCAUGUGCUUUGGAGGGAAAGACUAUGUGUUCGCCAAAGCCAUUGGAGAUGCAGAGUGGUAAAUCUUGUGUGCUCUAUUUAUCAACUCUGUAUGUCUGUGUAGACAUCAGUGAGAGUAUACUAAAUAUUCUAAAAUUUUUUUGUUUUAAAUAAAAUAGUUUACCAAACAUACCUAAUGUUCAAAAUUAGAAGAACCUGUGUGUACAUUGCAGAUACAUGGCAAAAGUUCAAUUCUUUCUUGGUUUGUUCUUAAGAGUUAACUGAUUCUUCCCAUUAUCUAUAUUCUCUAAAAUAUAGAUAUUUAGCUUUAUUUGAUUUCUAAAGUGAUGAUGAUUGUUAGUAAUUAUUCCAGAAACAAUAGCACAACAGGAAGAAUGCCCCAGUUUUUCAGUAUUUUAAGUCUUUCUUGGUUUCUUCUGCUUGAUAAAAAGUACAUGUCAUUGUUUCCUACAGUGACAAAAUGUAUACCUAUUAAGUCAGUAAUUAGUGAUUUAUCUUUUUUGUUUAAAACAAAGCAAGGAUGAGUAAGUUGGGAAAGAUGCAAUGUUAAAGUUAAAUAGCAGAUAUCUCUCAUAAGAAGAGUUAAACACUCUUACUCUCACAUUUUGACUGGUUUGGAUUGCCUACAGUGAAACUGGUGAAUUGGGAACAUGUGGAAUUGUGAUAGUUAUUGAAGAAAUUCAGAAAAAAAUUCUAGAAUUAAAAGAUUUUUCCAGGUUCUACAUUUGGAAUUCAAACGAUAUUGUUUUGACCACAUCUGACAUUUUAUAAAGUACUGAGCUUUUGAAGAAAAAUUAAAAUAAAGCCAUUUGUUUGUUCUCAUGUAAUAUGUAUCUCUAUGAAUAUUAACUUAGCACUAUAUAAAAUUGUUGCAAUUAUAUUGAGCAGUUGAAUCUCUGUCCCAGUACCCUACAAGCUUAAAUUAAAGUGAUUGAAAUUUU